CGGGCAACUCUCGUGGACGAGCGCCGCAGGAGAUCGAAAUAAGUGAGCAGAGUACAAUGGAUUACAAUGCUAAGUAUCUGAAGUUUUUAAUUCUCUGUCUGGUAUUGUCGGAGUACGAAGCGGACAAUAAAUAUCAAACGAAUCUUUCGAGGAAACGACGUUACGUCGUUUUUCCCGAGGGCUCCACGUUUUCCAUCGCUCUUUGCCUGACCGUGCACACUUUGACCCCAGACAACAUCUUCACAGAAGGCCUUAACUGGGGCAUUUCUUACGACCUGCCCAACGAGAGUAAGCCCGCCCUGGAGCCCUUCCUAGAACUCAGAAACGAUAAACUUAAAACAGGCAGCAAGCACGAUCAUUACGGUUCCACAGCAGUUUAUAAUAAAUACAGUGCCCUAAAUUCAGGAUGGAACGGCAACAUUAGGCAGCAUUUUGCACCUAGUAGAAAUAAGUACCGCAAGUCGGAAUACUAUUACUUGCAAAGGAGACACCGGAGGGAUCUUUACAACAAACUGGAAAUCAUCAUGAACGCGAUGGGUUUUGAUGGCAGGACAUGUGUUCUACGUGUGCUUUGCGAAGCAUCCCAGCGAUUAAUGCCGAAGGGGAACACCUUGAUAGAAGAGAUGAUGAGAAUAUCAUUCUCAUUACCUCUGAAGAGAGUGUUCUCCUUCGAGCCGGAGGAGCACCGCACGUACACCCAGGCUCAUAAAGCCGGCCACGAGGGUAAGGACUGCGCGGCCAUGUUUCCCGGGUGCAGUUUCUCCCUCAUCGACUUGGCCCUCGGGAAAUAUAACGCACCCCCAUCCGACCGCCUCGGGGAUGUUGCGGACCGCACCGGAACUUUCGGGACGGAGAACGAGCCUGCCGCGGAUUGGCCGAGGUACAGCAUGAGAUAAUGCGAUGCAUGCAAAACGGCAGGUUGAUUUCGAUGCUGCGGAAUAUAUCGAAUGAUUCUUACAACGUCGACAAUUCGUUCGCGUCUGAAGAAAACGACUAUCACAUAAUGCAAGUUUAAUUUCGUAAUUUAAAAUACACGAUGAAAAAAAUCCCGAUUUUUUUUGUUUGUUUUGUUUGUGCUCCGAAUAUUGUGCAGAACAACAAAAAUGUGAGAAACUGAAAGGACGAUAUUUGUAAUAAGUGUGUAUUAUAAUAUAAAACGUUAACAAACUAAUAAUUAAUAUUGCA